AUGGACGCCCAACGGCGAGGAAGUGCCUCGACAGUCAUCAGCAGCGUCUCCGAUACUUCGACCGCGUCUAGUGAGUGUCAACUCACGCAUCGUCUCCUGGAGUUGAUGCACAAGACCGGCUACGAUCUCGUCCAGGAGAACGGCCAGAGGCGUCUCACCGCACCCGAACUGACCGAGGAGACGCGCAAGCGUAUCAAGGGCGCGGAGGUCUUUAUUGGCCGAAUACCCCGCGAUUGCUACGAGGACGAGCUAAUGCCCAUCCUGGAGAGACCCGGCAGACUCAUGGAGCUGAGGUUGCUGCUCGAGUUCUCCGGCAUGACCAAGAAGUACGCUUUUGCGCUGUAUGCCGAUGCCAAGACAGCUCGUGUCGCUUGCGACAUGCUCAACGAUUACGAGAUAAGACCAGGCGUUACCAUUGGCGUUGUUAAAUCGACCGACAACUGUAGGCUCUUCUUUGGUGGCGUUCCCAAGUACAAAACUAAGGACGAGUUCAUGGAAGAGUUAAGCAAACUCAUGGAUGGCAUUGUGGAUGUAUAUCUGUAUCCAAGUGCACAAGAUAGAUCGUUAAACAGAGGUUUCAUUUUUGUCGAAUUCAAAGAUCACAGGUCGGCAGCAAUGGCCAGGCGUCAGCUCGUUCCUGGAAAAGUACUGUUAUGGGACCAUGAGGUUGCAGUCGAUUGGGCAGAUCCUGAGCCUGGUGAACCAGUCGAUGAUGAUAUCAUGAAAAGUGUCACGGCACUUUUUGUAAGAAAUCUGACCAUGGAAAUUUCUCAACAAAAAGUUAGAGAUAUGUUUAUCAAGGCAACAAAUAUUUCAAUUGUAAAACUGAAGAAAAUAAAUCACUUUGCGUUUAUCCAUUACGAAACUCGAGAAAUGGCAGAACGAGCUAUGAGCAUUGUAACACAGCCUGGAGGUUUAGCUGAACAGGAACAGUGGGAAGUUUGCUGGGCAAAGCCCAUUGGUCCUAUAAAGAAAGCUGAAAGACAGCGGUGCAUCAAUGAUGCUAUGACUAGAAGUAAAAAUGGCAAAAAAUAUGAAGAUAAAAAGAAUGGUCGAAAAUACCCUCCAAGAGUACGACAACCACAAUGUCCAGGAAAUAUAAAUCACGAGGUUCUUGACUUACAACACGUUCAUAGUCUCUCUGAUUUUGUGGGAAGGUUCCUGCAAGCUUCUUGUACAUUUGAGUGUAUCCAAAGCCACAGUCCCGAUGGAUUUGUUUAUAAGGUAACGAUCAUAAGAAACAACAUGGCCAUCAUGGUUGACUUUGGUCCUAUACAGCCAACAAAGCAACUAUCUUUAGAUGCAGCAGUUUCUAUUGUGUAUCAGAAACUUCAAUCGUUAUAUGAUUCCAAUGUAUACUACCAUACCUGCUCUCCUGCUGCAAUAGAUGACGUUACAUCUCAAAUGAUGAAUAUGAACUUCAACAAUACCAACAGCUUUGGUAUCCAAGGUCAGUUUGGUAGUGCUUAUUAAGAAUGAACUUGUCUAAAGAUUUAUUAUGAGACGUUUCUCAAAUGGUUUUAAAACAUUUUAAGAUCUAGACUUCAGCGUAGUUGCGUAAGAAGUUUAAACUUUUUGAUUCAAUGUAUUUGAUAAAAAUUUUUUAUUGAC